GGGAUUCUUUCCUUCAGAAAAGGGCAUCCUCAGUCGCGUUUGUUUGCUCUUGUUUAUAAUUCUCUCAUUAAAAUGUUAAAUGAUUUAUAAAAUGUUUGUAAGCCUAUUAGCUUUUUAGUUAUGUUCGCAAAUUUUGACUUGACACAAUUUAAGCUGUUAAGAGCGGCUUGAAAAAUAGGCUAUUUGUACGCAGAUUCAAAACAUAUUUUCGUCGCAUGGAUUCUAGUAAUUAACUCGUUGGGUAUUUCAAAAUGGCGUCUGCGUAUCAGGCCGCAGGUGGAACGUUGAAACUGAAGGGAAUCGGUGAGAUAGGCAGCAAAAAGAAGAAGAAAAAGAAGAAUGCUUCCAAACAAAUGAAAGAGCAGAUUACAAUGGCGGCAGAGGAUGAAGGUAGCGAGGAGGGUAAGCCGAAGAUAGACCGCAGAACACCUGCUGAGAAGGCCUUCGCCAAGAUACAGGAGAAGAGGCAAACGGAGCGGAUUUUGGAGAAAGCCCAGAAGAAACAUAAAGACAGGGUCAAUGAAUUCAACAGCAAAUUGGACACCCUAACGGAACAUUUUGACAUUCCAAAAGUCAGCUGGACAAAGUGAGUUGCCGUGACCUGUGUUUGUCAGGUACAAACAGCGAUUACCAUGUUUUACAACAGAUCCAAGACUAUUUACCAUCUCGGACUCAGAGCCACUUCCCCUAUCUCCCAUACAAAGUGGACGUUGUGUGUCUUCGAGUUUGCUCACAAGAGCUGCUUCCAGAUUACUUCUUCAGGAGUUUGUAUUUCAGAAUUUUAGACUCUUGAUCAGCAAGUUGCAAAUAUUGGUGAGUGGCAGAUUGGAAACAUAGAUACAUAAUAGUUUUGUACUGGUGUUCACUAAAUCGCGGAGUUCUCUCUUGGUCCAACUUCUAUCAGACAGAAGGCACCAUCUAUUUAUUGACCUCAGGUUAUGAGUUAUCAUGUGACUUUGAAUUGCCACCUGCUUCACUGAGAAAAAGCAAGAACUAAUGAUGGUCAUAUCCUCAAUUUAAAAUGGAAAUCCCCCCCCCGUUGCCUUGAUAACUAGGUCAAACUUGCCGACCAGACAUACCCAUCUGCAGUCACAUUUGGCAGUUCUUCAGACAUUGCCCAUUUGUAACGCCCGAGUAAAAGAAAGCAUGUUGAUAAAGUCAUUUUAAGUACAAAAAGUCACAUUCAAUUUUAUUUCAGAUAUGUCGUGAUUACUGUACAAAAUUAACUCGACUAAAGUGUCUACAUGUACCGUACUUCUUGAAUAACUUCUCUGAGAAUUUCAUCUAAGAAUCAAGUUGUUUUUAUGCUUGAGUUUACAAUAUGGAUUCAUUUUUAUCACCGUUUACUUGGUCUUCAGUUACAUCAGCACUUUCAAGCUUUUUUGCACAAACCAUUUAAAAUCUACUUGAAAAUGAGCCUUUUGCGAGUUAAAUUUGAAAAAAAAUGCCGUACACAGCAUUCUUUAAAUUCACAUGAACAUAAUUUGAAUUCUCCAUAAAGACGCUUUUGCUAUAACUCAUGAUUCGGGGCAACUUUUUGCUUAGUUACAUGAGAGAUGCACUUAUACACUGUUUUAAUGGAUAACAAGGGCACAGAGGAACUAGUCCAUUCCACAGAUGGUGGUCACUAUGCAAAAGCUUGCCCGGAAUCACAAGGUAUAGCAACAGUGUCUUUUAGUCUGGGGAAUUCAA